UAAAACCUGUAGGAUGAAUACAGUUUCAUUAGAUUGAAGUCAUUUUUCAAGACUGCCAUCCAACUGGACUGACUGCCUAAAGCUAUGCGUCGAGUGGACUGGUCAUCACGGCCUGCUGAGGCUCAGAGGCGAGAAGAGAGGAGGACAGAGAUCAGACUGGCCGAGGGUCUGCAGAGACUGGACCAGGCCAAACAUUAUCACCUCAACACACUGACCCGAGAACAACGCCGACUCAGUAGAGACCUUGCCUCCAUCAAAACAGGUAACUCCUGGAAAAGAGGACUCCACAGUUUGGGGCUUCGAGCCUCCAACCAUGAUACCGGACGUCCUGUUGCGUAUUACAAGAGGACUUUAUUACCCAUCAUCCCUCUGGUGGGCAAAGAGGCAGACGAUCACAGGACCUCUUCUCUGCAGGCUCGUGUUCAGGAGUUUAUCAGCAGUGGGGGCAAAAGGACAGAACACUCCUCUGAGGCUCUCUGUCUGCCGGACCUGAAACAGCAGCCUGUCACCUCUUUAACCACUACAAGCACACAUACAGACCGAGAGGAGAGCAAGGAGAAAGAGAUAGAGGGACACAUGGAGGUAGUGAGGGACAGAGAAAAAGACAGCCAGAAAGAAAAGGAAUGGAAGCUGUUAAGGGAAAGAGAGAAAGACAAUGAAAGUGGAGCUGAGAUAAAUGGGAAUAGGGGUCUAUCUCCUCCUGUGUCUUUCCCCUCUGAUAUGCUCGCUCCUGAUGGACAUUUAAGAACAGUUCACACGUUGCCAAAUUUUGCCCAGGCCCUGGUCGAAGCAAGAAAAGCAAGAUACAUCAGACACAGGGGACAACCGCUGUGUGAGAGAGAACUCACCAUACGAGAGAUAUUUGCCCAGGAUCCAAGACGCACUCCAGCUGUUUGAGAGACUAAAACAGCAGUUGUCAACUGGAUUUGCUUCAAGACCUAUUUGAAUUGGACACAAUUUGUAAAACACAGGGCAGCAAGUUACUGCACUUCCUAAAUUAUCUAGUGCCAAAAAUUAUGUUAAGCUACUGACUGUAUUUAAAUUGGCUUUUUUGGGGCAUUGGCUAUUACGAGAUGACAACCCAUCCCGGACAUCCUAAAUGAAGAUUUUCAUGUAAUCAUAUUUGCUGUAUACAGAGAGCAAGUCUAACACCUUUGGUUCUUCUUGUUGAACUACUCUCGGCAGCUUGUUCUCACAUUGCCACCCAUUGAACCUAAGCAGGGUUGUGUCUAGUUAGUACCUGGAUGGGAGACUACCUGGAAAAAACUAGGUUGGUGCUGUAAGAGGUGCUAGUGAGGCCAGCAGGGGGUGCUCACCCUGUGGUUUUCCUGGGUCCUAGUGACAGGAUAGUGAUGGGACUAUACACUUUCAGUAAGAACCGUUAUUAGGAUGAGACAAUAAACUGAGGUCUUGACUCUCUGUGGCAACCUAAAAAUCCCAGGAUGUCUUGCAAAAAGGGUAGGGGUCUGUUCCUGUAUCCUGGCCAAACUUGUCCACGGAAUUCUGUCCAUCAUGGACAAUUCUUGUAUCAUCUAAUUGGCUUCAUCACUCUUAUCUCAACCAUUAAGCAGGUGUGUGUGGACUUUCACUUGGAAUGGCUGCCAAUGUGUUAUCUAAGUUGAUGCUGCACACUGGUGGUGGUUGAGGAGACUCCCCCACCAUCCCAAAUGGAACUUGAGCUAGUGAUUUUGAUAUGGGAGGCUGGUGUAAUAAGGAUUCUAAAGACCGAAGUAUCUACAACAGAGGUCAUCAUACCUGUUCCUGGAGAUCUAACUUCCUGCUGAGUUUAGCUUCAACCUUGAUCAAAUACAACUAAACCAAUUAAUCGGAACCUGAAGUAGCACUUGAUAACUGCAGACAGGGUGUUUGAUCAGGGUUGCAACUGAAAUCUGCAGGAAGGUAGAUCUCCAGGAACAGGAUUGGUGACUUCUGGUCUACAGGAACUCUUGAGAUCAGAAGACUGAAGUUAACUUACACACUUCUUAUUAGCUGGACUUACUACACUCACACCACUAAAUCUCACUCCAAUUCAGGUCAUGUCAGCAGUCUAAACCCUCUGGUUCUUCUCAACCUAUUUAAAGCAGGAUUUGAGCUUGCAAUUC